ACCGGAACUCCCUUGAGAAGUGAGGCGUUGCCGGGUAACGGAGGGCUGCCUUCCCGUGUGGGCCGGAAGUAGCCCCCCAGUCAGGACCAGAGGCGGUCAUGGCGGCGGUUGGGGGCUACUGCUCGGGACCGAGGCUCUUCCUCCUGCUGCUAUUCCUCGCCCAGGUGUCUGCCGAGUUUGGGAUGGUGCGUGUCUUCUCAGAGAAGGGUGGUCCCAAAGGGAAGGACUAUUGCAUCCUCUUCAACUCCCAGUGGGCCCACCUCCCGCAUGACCUGGGCAAAGCCUCCCUGCUGCAGCUACAGGACCAGACCCUCUCGGUGUUGUGUGCGCCCUCGGACGUCCCAAAGGGGGGCUUUGGCAACGCGGUACCCAUGGUGCUGAGGGGCAACUGCACCUUCUAUGAGAAAGUGCGCCUGGCCCAAGUCAACGGGGCUCGCGGGCUGCUCAUUGUCAGCCGGGAGAAGCUGGUCCCUCCAGCCGGGAACGCGAGCCAAUAUGAGGAGAUUGACAUCCCAGUGGCCUUGUUGAGCUAUGCUGACAUGCUGGACAUUGGCCGGAGCUUUGGGCACUCGGUAAAGGUGGCCAUGUACGCUCCCAAUGAGCCCGUCCUGGACUACAACAUGGUGAUCAUCUUCCUGAUGGCUGUGGGCACCGUGGCCAUGGGUGGAUACUGGGCCGGCAGCAGGGACGUCAAGAAGCGCUACUUGAAGCACAAGCGUGACGAUGGGGCGGAGAAGCAGGACGACGAGACAGUGGACGUGACGCCCAUCAUGAUCUGCGUCUUUGUGGUCAUGUGCUGCUCCAUGCUGGUCCUGCUCUACUGCUUCUAUGACCAGCUCGUCUAUGUUAUCAUUGGGAUUUUCUGCCUGGCGGCCUCCAUCGGCCUCUACAGCUGCCUCUCCCCGUUUGUCCGGCGCUUCCCGAUUGGCAAGUGCAGGGUCCCCGACAAUAACCUGCCCUACUUCCACAAACGGCCCCAGAUCCGCAUGCUGCUCCUGGCCGCCUCCUGCAUCGCCGUCAGUCUUGUCUGGGCCGUCUUCCGCAACGAGGACCAGUGGGCCUGGAUCUUGCAGGACGCGCUGGGCAUUGCCUUCUGCCUUUACAUGCUGAAGACAAUCCGGCUGCCGACCUUCAAGGGCUGUACGCUGCUGCUCCUGGUCCUCUUCGUGUAUGACGUCUUCUUUGUCUUCAUCACGCCUUACCUGACCAAGACCGGGGAGAGCAUCAUGGUGGAGGUGGCAGCCGGGCCCACAGAUUCCCUCACCCACGAAAAGCUCCCGAUGGUGCUGAAGGUGCCGCGGCUGAACUUCUCCCCGCUGGCCCUCUGCGACCGGCCCUUCUCCCUCCUGGGCUUCGGGGACAUCCUGGUCCCAGGUCUGCUGGUGGCCUAUUGCCACAGGUUUGACAUCCAGGUCCAGUCAUCACGCGUGUAUUUUGUCGCCUGCACCAUCGCCUACGGGAUCGGGCUCCUGGUGACAUUUGUGGCACUGGCGCUGAUGCAGAAGGGCCAGCCAGCGCUGCUCUACCUGGUGCCCUGCACCCUCCUGACCAGCUUUGCCGUGGCCCUCAUCCGCAGGGAGCUGGCCAUGUUCUGGACUGGAAGCGGCUUUGCGAAAGACCUCCCUCCGCCUCCCUUGGUCGUCUCCCCUGCCGGCUACCCCCCCUCGGAGACUCUUCCUGCUGCCGCCCCAAAAGACGAGGAGGAGGAAGAGGAAGAGCAGGCAGCUUCUCUGGCAGGAGCUGCAGCCGCAGGGUCCCCUAGCCCCGAAGGAGAAGGAGGCAGCAAUGAGGGGCUGGCCUCCUCCACUGCACCACCGCCAGCAGAAGAGGGUCCAGAAGCUCCUAUUGCUUUGGUGGAAGAGGAAGAAGAAGGGGGGAGCCGGCCAGGGAGCCCCCAUAUAGAAGAGUCCAGCCCCACCGAGGGGUGGCCCCCAGGAGGGCAGCACCUUUCCGACUAGCCCAGCCCCUCCCCCGCUUCUCCCCCUCCACCCCUCCCUCCCUGUCCUGCCAGGGACCCCAGGGCUGGUUUGGGGCCCCAGGCCUUGGCCAGCAGUAUCUCCUCUCCCUCCCUUCUACUCAUCCUACCAUCCUUGCUCCUUCCCUUCCUUCCUUCAAUUCUUCAUCCCUCCUACCCUCCCAUCUAGCCAUCCCUCUUCCCAUCCUCCCUCCCUCCCUCAUUUCCUCCCUCCUGAAUAUGGUGCUUUCACAAAGAGGGUCCCGUACAAUUUCAACAGUGGCGGAGUGCGGGCACCACCCCUCCUCUCCUUCCGCCCUGACUUUUUGGCAAGAGGCCCCGAUCCCACAGAGAUAAACAGUAUUUGUCGCUUUGUCCACGGCUACGCUGCUGCUCCAGCUUUGGGCCUGCGUGAAAGAGACUCACUCAGACUGCUCCCUGGCCCAACAUGGAAGAAGAAGAGGAGGAGGAGGAGAAGAAGCCCACCUGACUAUCCCUCCUUCAUUCUUUGGGUUUCCCUCUCCAUUGAAUUGUCUUGACACCAACAUAUUGAGGGAGGGUGUUAGGCUGCCUCAAUUUGUAUCCAGCGGAGACGGACCUUGGGAGGUGGCCAUUGAGAUAGAGAAGGCCCCUGUUCCCCCGAAUCCAGUGUCAGCAGCGAGGCAGAGUGGCAGAAGGGCCCCGCUUGGUGAUUUCAAUGGACCUGGGGGUCUUUUCAGUGGGGAGUGCUCCUCUCGGAAUGAGUCUGUGUUCACCCAUUAGUUGUGGUUUGGCCUCCUCUCAAAGCAUAGAAACAGAGAGAGCAGAAGGAAGAGGCCCAGGAACCUAGGUCCCUCCCUAGAUAAGUCUUAACUCUUGGGGUGGAAAUGGUCCCUCUCUUUUGUAUUUUCGGGGGUUACGUGGGGUCUGUUGGGUGUAGGGUUUCUUUCCUUUUUCUUUCGUGUGUCUCCUUCUGUCCCCGUCAUUUUCUUUCUUCUUAUUUCUUUCGAGGAGCCCAGAGCUCCAUCUCUUUUUCUAGAAAAGUGUGUGUUGGGGUCCUCCUCUUCUGUUUUGGGGGGCAAAGAGAGAGAGAGAGACUCCCCUUCUCGCUCUUGCAGGGCGACAGGCGCUUGCUUGUUCUCUUAGACACUACAGGAUUAUGCCUUAAUUUAAGCCAUUUUAUACAUAACGAUGACGAUUAUGAUGAUGUAUCUGGAACGGAUGCCUGACCACAGAUUGGGCAAGAAUAAUAAUAAAAUUUGAUGGAA